GGAAAUAAGAGCAGAGCAGACAGUAACCCUUCUAAGUGUGUUGCUACGUCUGGGUGUGAGCAGCCGACUCCAUUAAUGUGGGAUUAGAGAGGAGGUUGAUUGUCACUAAUCCCAAAAAUUGUAGCAGAGAAACUAUUCGCAGCUGAGCAGCACAAGGGCAAGUUGUAACACAGAGAGAGCAGCCGCGCAGGAGGAACAGCUCAGGGAUUAAGAGAAGUCGCCACUUUGCGUUGGUGCCGGGAUCUCAGAAGACAAGACCGGGGGGCUCGGGCAAUUGAGAGCCAAAGGAUGGGUGUGUGGAAGAGGCUACUCAGAUCCAAAAACCUCUUGCUGGCCAUCUUGGUUCCUCUCCUCCUUCUCCCUCUUCCCUUGUUGCACCCGAGCAGUGAGUCGUCCUGUGCCUACGUGCUGAUAGUCACCGCCGUAUAUUGGGUGUCAGAGGCUGUGCCCCUGGGAGCGGCGGCUUUGGUUCCUGCUUUCCUGUUCCCACUAUUUGGGGUGCUCAAAUCCAGCCAGGUGGCGGGUGAAUAUGUAAAGAACACCACCCUGCUGCUGAUGGGGGUCAUCUGCCUGGCUGCGUCGGUGGAGAAAUGGAAUCUGCACAAGAGAAUUGCGCUGAGGAUGGUCAUGUUGUCUGGGGCUAAGCCGGGUAGGGCCACAGCCAAGGAUCUGAGCAAACUUAUCCAGAGCAAGAACCUGAAUGGCGUGCACAUGAUUGCUAACCCAAUCCUCAUGAAACCUCCCACCAAUGGUCAGUCCCUCCCUCAGACACAAAUCCUUGUGCUGCCGCCUACUGACUCCAAAAACCAGAAGGACAAAGGGAAGUACCAGUCCCGGCAUGAUCACAUGAUCUGCAAGUGCCUGUCACUCAGUGUCUCCUACCAGCAACCAUCCGGAGGUUUGACCACCAUCAUAGGAACUUCCACCGCAUAAUUCCUGGAGCACUUCAAGAACCGGUAUCCAGAUGCCGAGGUGGUUAAUUUUGGCACUUGGUUUGUAUUCAGCGUGCCCAUAACUAUUAUCUUCCUCUUGAUGACCUGGGUUUGGAUGCACUGGCUCUUUCUGGGUUACAACUUUAAGGAAACCUGCUCAUUUAGCAAGAAGACAAAGACCAAACGAGAGGAGCUGUCAGAGCGGAGAAUCCAGGAGGAGUAUGAAAAAUUGGGGGAUAUCAGUUACCCAGAGAAGGUGACCAUCUUUUUCUUUGUCCUAAUGACGGUUCUUUGGUUCACAAGAGAGCCCGGCUUUGUGCCUGGAUGGGAGUCUUUAUUUGAGAAGAAGGGGUUCAGGACCGACGCCACCGUCUCUGUUCUACUCGGAUUCCUACUCUUCCUCAUUCCAUCCAAAAAACCCACAUUUCUGUGUUUUAGAAAGAAGGAACCAGGAGAGGGUGAUGACAGUGAGGAAGAUGGACACACGGACUCAAUGCUGACUUGGCCAGAGUUCCAGAGACACAUGCCCUGGGAGAUUGUGGUGUUGGUUGGAGGAGGCUAUGCUCUUGCUGCAGGCUGUAAGACCUCCGGCCUCUCCACCUGGAUCGGGCGACAGAUGGAAUGUCUCAGUAGCCUUCCUUCCUGGGCGGUCACACUGCUGGCCUGCACCCUGGUCUCUGCCGUGACCGAAUUGGUCAGUAACCCGGCCACCGUGACCAUCUUCCUGCCCAUUCUGUGCAGCCUGUCGGAAGCUCUGCACAUUAACCCACUGUACACGCUCAUCCCGGUUACCAUGUGCAUUUCUCUCGCUGUGAUGUUACCAGUUGGGAACCCACCCAACGCCAUUGUGUAUAACUACGGCCAUUGCCACAUUCGGGAUAUGGUGAAAGCCGGUCUGGGAGUGAAUCUGAUUGGCCUCGCUAUCAUCAUGGUCGCCAUUAACACUUGGGGCAUCAGCCUCUUCCAACUGGAUACCUUUCCAGACUGGGCGAAGGUCGGGAACGCCACUGGGCGAUUGUGAAAGCGUUGGAAGAAAAGAGUAACUUGGACUUGGGCGUGCAAGGGACGGAGACUCAACCAGUUGGCUGGGAAUAACGGCAGCUCUUAUUUGUGUUUAAUGUUGGUCUCCACUCGUAUUUAUUCAUCAAUAACAGUCUCUUAUGGUCUGACAUUCUCACACUCCGUGUAUCACAUGCCUUUGUAUCCUGCUAGUGCCUAACAUUCAACUCUCUACUGGACUAACCUAGGGAAAUCCAACCUGUGGCCUCAGCUAGUUAACCACAACUCCCGGCAUCUCCCGCAAUGUAUAACCUACUCCAAUCAGUGGAGGCCAAAGCAGAGAUGGGCCAGGAGCCUUUAGUAACUAGGCCUUAUGAGAAUUGUGCCUUAUAACAAUUCCUGAUUAUAUAUGCGUACUAAGCCUCCAAUCAAAACUCACACUGUUGUCUCUGGCACUGAUGAUAACUAUGUAUCCAAGUUAUAGAACAAAGAAACCCA